AUGAAUCCUCCCAAAAUCAAGCGUAGAGUGGGUAAAUAUGAAGUGGGAAGAACAAUUGGCGAGGGAACUUUUGCAAAAGUGAAGUUUGCUAGGAAUUCUGAGACUGGGGACCCUGUAGCUAUCAAGAUCCUUGACAAAGAAAAAGUUGUUAAGCACAAAAUGGCUGAACAGAUAAAAAUGGAAAUAGCUACUAUGAAGUUGAUAAAGCAUCCAAAUGUUGUCCGCUUAUACGAGGUUAUGGGGAGCAAGACCAAGAUAUUUAUCGUAUUGGAGUUUGUCACAGGAGGGGAGCUUUUUGAUAAAAUUGUGAACCAUGGAAGGAUGCAUGAAGAUGAAGCCAGAAAAUAUUUUCAACAGCUCAUCAAUGCUGUUGACUAUUGCCAUAGUAGGGGUGUUUAUCAUAGAGAUCUAAAGCCUGAAAAUUUGCUUCUAGAUGCUUCCGGAAACCUGAAAGUUUCGGAUUUUGGAUUGAGUGCCCUUUCUCGACAAGUUCGGGAUGAUGGUUUACUUCACACAACAUGUGGAACUCCAAAUUAUGUGGCACCUGAGGUGUUGAAUGAUAGAGGGUAUGAUGGGGCGACUGCAGAUUUAUGGUCGUGUGGAGUCAUACUCUUUGUCUUGCUUGCAGGUUACUUGCCAUUUGAUGAUUCUAAUCUUAUGAACCUAUAUAAAAAAAUUGGGGCUGCAGAGUUCACUUGUCCUCCAUGGGUCUCCUUUAGUGCCAUAAAGUUGAUCACUCGCAUAUUGGAUCCCAACCCCAUGACUCGAAUAACAGUGCCUGAGGUUUUAAAUGAUGAGUGGUUUAAAAAAGGUUAUAAACAACCUGAAUUCAUAGAGAAAGAAGAGACAAACUUUGAUGAUGUGGAAGCUGCUUUUCAAGAUUCUGAAGAGUAUCAUGUAACAGAAAAGAAAGAAGAAUCUCCAGCUGCCAUGAAUGCUUUUGAGUUGAUUUCUAUGUCUAAAGGGCUCAACCUCGGGAACCUUUUUGACACGGAUCAGGGAUUCAAAAGGGAGACAAGAUUCACAUCAAGAUGCCCUGCAAAUGAGAUUAUUAGUAAAAUUGAAGAAGCUGCAAGACCUCUUGGUUUUGAUGUGCACAAGAAAAACUAUAAGUUAAGGCUUGAAAACAUCAAAGCUGGGAGAAAGGGAAACCUUAAUGUUGCUACAGAGGUAUUUCAAGUAGCACCAUCACUUCACAUGGUUGAGGUUCGAAAAGCCAAAGGAGACACUUUGGAAUUUCAUAAGUUUUACAAAAGACUUUCAAGUAGCCUGGAUGAUGUUGUUUGGAAAACAGAAGAGGAUAUGCAAGAAGCCAAGUAAAAAAUUUGGGCAUUUUAUUCUCCUUGUUAUGUUGUGUCAUUAGCUUGUAUUAUUGCACAAGUUUUGCGUGUAGAUAGACAUGUUGCCAAUUGUUUGUUUGAUAAAUAGUUAAAAAUACAAGUUGUAAAAUCUCUAUUUUUAAUUCUUUUUUUCCCCUUUAAGAAGUUGAAAAUCAACAUUACACCUUCAGAGUAUCUCAUUAUUCCAGAGUUGAUUUUUUUUAGGUCAAAUGAACAUAAAUUGGAC